AUGCGACAACAAUCGAAAGAAUUAAAUGUUACUGAUAAUCUUAAAGAUAAAAUUGAUAAUUGUCCUGAUAAAGAACAUUAUAAAGAUCUUAAAUUCGGUAUAGAUAAAUUAUGUUAUAAUUGUUAUAUAAAAAUUGUUGAUUCUCAUCGAUUUCAAAAAUCUACAAUUAAUAGAAUUAAUAAAUCAGAUUUUUUUGAUAAUUCAAUAGAAGUUAGUGGAUCAAAUACUUUUGCAAAUUUAAUGGAUAUUAAUAAUUUAAUAGAAUCUAGUGAAUCAAAUUCUUCUAUAGAAAUUAAUAUAAAUUUACAAGAUGAAAAUAAUUCAAUAAAUUUAAUAGAAUUAAUUAAAACUCAAAAAGAAGAAUUAAUUCAAAAUAAUUUAACUGAAAUUGAUCAAAUUAAAAAUAUUAAAAUUAAUAAAAUCAACAAUAUGAUUUUAUUUGAUAAGGAAAAUUUUAAUCAAUUAAUUAAAUUAAUUAUUUAA